UUUUCCGGUAAUACGUACCUACCUAUCCAAAGUCUUUACCAUGUCUGUAGUAAUCAGCCUGGGCAACUUUGAUGGAACAGAAAAACUUGACUAUGAAGAUACAGUUGCAAAAGCUUUUCAAUUAUUACAAACUGUUACAGAAACUAGCUCUUAUUCUACGUCAUCUCCUAAUAUACGAAUUAAAUGCGUCAGAAUUUGGGACCUUUGGAAUGAUGGAACCAACGGACAAGCACAAAUUAUUCAGGGAGGGCCAGGAUGGAACUCCGUCAAAGUCCAUUAUCAAUCCCAAUUUGGUAGGGGCAUGAAAUUUAAAUUGCAAGUGUUUAUUUAAAAUAAUGUAUAUUAUAAAAAUAAUUUAAUUUUUUUAACACCUUUG